CAUCCCAAGCACACGGAAAGAAAGCUCAAGACGCACACGGCACCGAGAGAUUACAAUACAGCAUGAGGCCAACCGCAGGAACCACCGCAUCGGCGCUCGUGGUGGCAAUGGCCGCAGUGGCGGGCCUUGCGCCCGGGACCAGCGCCCUCCAGGCGGCACCCACCACCGCCACCAAAACACCGAGCGGCUACGUUCCCCCGGUCCCCCCGCCGAUCUCCCCGGCCACCAACCUGCCGAACGAGCUGUACUCGUGGAAGGAGGGCCAGCAGAUCCGCUACCAGCGGGCCGGGCCGAAAGACGGCCGUCCCGUCCUGCUGGUCCACGGGCUCUUUGUCAACAGCGACCACUGGAGAAAGACCCUUAGCGGCCUGGCGGAGGAGGGCUUCAACGCCUACGCCAUCGACCUGUGGGGGUACGGGUACAGCAGCAAGCCGCCCCUGGAUUCCCCGGAGGCCCGGGCCGUCAACGGCGAGCAGCGGUUCGAGAACGGGAGCGGCGAAAGCGUCAAGAGGGGCGUGGCGCUGGGAACCGCCGGCGGGAAGCGGACCCGCAUCCGGGACGUCGAGCUGGGCCACCCCAUCGGGUCCCCCUACAACUUUUACACCUGGAGCGACCUCCUGCGGGACUUUUCCAGGGACGUCAUCCGCGGGGGCGAGACCAGCCAACGGUCCCCCUUUGGCCUGCCCCUGUUCGGAGGCGGCGCCAAGGACCAGCAGCAGCAGCAGCCCAUCUCGCUCGUGAGCAACUCGAUCGGGACCAUCAGCGCGCUGCAGGCCGUCAUCGACGAGCCGGACCUCUUCAACGGGGUCUGCGUCGUGACGCCCAACUUUCGGGAGCUCCACAGCGCCGAGAUCCCCUUCCCGGGCGUCAGCAUGCCGGUGGUCCGGGCGAUCCAGGCGACCCUCCGGGAAAAAGGCCAGGGCCUCUUCGACGCCCUCGCCACCCCCGGGACCGUGAAGGAAAUCCUCAAGGAACCCUACAAGGUGCGGUCCGCCAUCGACGACACCCUCGUCGACGUCCUGCUGGACCCCCUCCUGCUGGAGGGCGCCAGCAAGGUCGUCUUCGACACGCUCUCCUACAGCGCCGGGCCCCUCCCGGAGCAGCAGCUGGACGAGAUCGGCGCGAUGGAGGAGGGAGGCGCCGGCGGGAAGAAAAAGACGGUCUGGGUCACCUACGGGAGGGAGGAUCCGUGGACCCCCCCGGCCCGGGUCGACGCCCUCGCCUCCAAGGCCUGCGUCGAGAAGGUCGUCCCCCUCGACGGGAUCGGGCACUGCCCCCACGACGAGGCCCCGGAGCUGGUCAAUCCCUUCAUCCUGGACUUUUUGGAGCGGGUGAGGGAGUGAAGCGAAGCGAAGUGAAAACCCCAAGAAGCGGAGGGCAGGAACGAAAAUAACAAAACGGCGAGAUU